UCCGGCGGGUGAUGUCCGCCAUGGUGUACCCACGAGAAGAGACGCUGGAGCGGCUGACGCAGGACGAGAUCGUGCUGAACACUAAAGCAGUGAUGCAGGGUUUGGAGACGCUGCGAGGGGAACACGCUCAGCUCCUCAACUCCAUCCUGGACUGCGCUCAGCCGGCCGUCGCGCAGGAGAAAUCCAGCCUGCUCCGCAAGAGCCUGGAGGACAUCGAGCUGGGACUGGGAGAGGCGCAGGUGAUCAUCGCUCUGUCGGGUCACCUGAGUGCGGUGGAGUCUGAGAAGCAGAAGCUGCGUGCUCAGGUGCGUCGGCUCUGUCAGGAGAACCAGUGGCUGCGGGACGAGCUGGCCAGCACUCAACACAAGCUGCAGAAGAGUGAGCAGAGCGUGGCCCAGCUGGAGGAGGAGAAGAAACACCUGGAGUUCAUGAACCAGAUCCGGAAGCUGGACGAGGACGCCUCGCCCUCCGAGGAGAAGGCCGGAGAGAAGGAGAAGGACAAUCUGGACGAUCUGUUUCCAAACGAUGACGACCAGGGACCAGCUCAGCCCAGCGGUGAAGCGGCGGCGCAGCAGGGGGGCUACGAGAUCCCGGCCCGUCUGCGAACGCUUCAUAACCUGGUGAUCCAGUACGCGUCUCAGGGCCGCUACGAGGUGGCCGUGCCGCUCUGCAAACAGGCUCUGGAGGACCUGGAGAAAACCUCCGGACACGACCACCCAGACGUGGCCACCAUGCUCAACAUCCUCGCCCUGGUCUACAGGGAUCAGAAUAAGUAUAAAGAGGCGGCUCACCUGCUGAACGACGCUCUGGCCAUCAGAGAGAAGACUCUGGGGAAAGAUCACCCCGCCGUGGCCGCGACCCUCAACAACCUGGCCGUGCUGUACGGCAAACGCGGGAAACACAAGGAGGCCGAGCCGCUCUGCAAGAGAGCGCUGGAGAUCCGGGAGAAGGUUCUGGGUAAGUUCCACCCUGACGUGGCGAAGCAGCUCAAUAAUCUGGCCCUGCUGUGUCAGAAUCAGGGCAAGUAUGAGGAAGUGGAGUAUUAUUACCGCAGGGCGCUGGAGAUCUACGAGAACAAACUGGGCGCCGAUGACCCCAACGUGGCCAAGACCAAAAACAACCUGGCGACGUGUUACCUGAAACAGGGCAAAUUCAAAGACGCAGAGACGCUUUACAAGGAGAUCCUGACCCGCGCGCAUGAGAAAGAGUUCGGAUCUGUCAACAAUGAUAAUAAACCAAUCUGGAUGCAUGCAGAGGAAAGAGAAGAGAGCAAGGGUAAGAGGAAGGACUCGGGUCUGUACGGCAGCUGGUACAAAGCCUGCAAAGUGGACAGCCCCACUGUUAACACCACGCUGAAGAGUCUGGGCGCGCUGUACCGCCGGCAGGGCAAACUGGAGGCUGCCGAGACGCUGGAGGAGUGUGCAACCAAAAACCGCAAACAGGGCAUCGAUGCGAUUAAUCAGAGUAAGGUGGUGGAGCUGCUGAAGGACGGAGGUUGUGCCGGAGGAGACAGACGUCAGAGUCGGGACGGAGUAAAUGGCCCCGGAGGCCCCCGAGGAGACUGUGAAGGAGACGAAGCCGAGUGGAGUGGGGUCAGUGGAGCCCGCAGAGCCUUUGUUUUUAUUUAUAUGUGA